AUGGAUGACCCAAGCCAGCAUUUCCCGCCUGGCUCGCUGCCUGAAGGCGAGCCGGCGCCAGCACAGGCGGUAGCGGAGGGCAUGGAAGACGCGGAGAACCUUCUCGACGACAUGCUCGAGGCGGCCGAAGCUGCGCGGCACGAGACUGAGCUGACGCUGGCGCCGCAGGCGCCCGACGAGAAUGAGCCGUUUGUGACUGUGGCGGGUGUGACUGCAGGCGAUGUGCCGGAAGGAGUGGUCGAAGAAACUGUGACUUAUCACGGUGUGACUGAAGGAAAGGUGCCUGAAGCGGAAGCAGGUGAAGGCGAGGGGUUUGAUCUGAAUAUGGAUGCUGGUGGGGGUGGAGGCGGUGCGGCGGCGGUUAUGAUAGCCGAGGGCACAGCAGCUGAAGCCGAACCAGGGACCGGACCAGAAACCGAUCCUGGUUCGGGUUUGGGUGUUGCCGAGCCUGAGAGUCUGCCGGUCGGGACUGAGGAGCAGGCUCGGGAGACUAUUGGCGAAUACCAAGAGGCGGGCGGAGAGGGCGGGGAUGGUCAUAUAAUGCAGCAGGCUAUGGCGGGUGCUUAUGGGGAGGGAGGCAUGGUCGAGGGGGAGCAGCAGAGAGCUGACGUGGAAAUGGCUGAAGCAGCGGAAGGAACUCAUCCGGAGGGGGCUUAUAUCGAGCAACCAGUGCAGUACGAAAGUGUACAGCAGCAGGAGCACGUGAGCGCAGAGCAGGCAGACGCAGCAGAGCAAGCGCAGAUGGCACCUACCCCAGAUGAGCCUGCUGUCGUGCGCCAGCAACCAGCUGUAGCUGAGCAGGAGGCAGGUGAGGUCUGGCAGGGCGAGGCUGUAGCACAGGCCGAACCGGCUGUAGCAGGGUACGUACAUGGUGAAGGGCCCGCUGUAGCUGGGUAUGAGGCGGCUUUCCCUGGCCAGGAGGCGGCUGUUGUUGAAGCUGGCGGAGCUGAGACGGCAGAGGGGCAGGUUGUAGCACCGGCUGAUGUGGGCGAAAUGGUUACCACUGCUGCUGUUGGCGAAGGAGAGGUGGUUACAGGAACGACCGAGGGUGGCAUGGGUGCAGAGAACUUCGUGCAAGGCGAGGAGGGAAUGGCGCCAGGCGAGGGGGGAAUGGCGACAACAGCAGAAGCGCAAGGGACGGUGGCAGAGGGAGAGGGGGCGGCGGGGUAUUCCCAAGGCAUGGGGGCAGUUUCUGAGGGACAGCAUGGGGAGGAGGCAGCAGUGCUUGGCGCGCACGGAGAAGGCGGAGGGGGAGGGGGCGAGUAUGCUGAUGCGCACAUGGAAGCGGGAGGGGAAGGGGGAGAAGGUGGCGCGCUAGUGCCUGUUGCAGGGCAGGCGGAAGCAGGAGCACCAGCAGGCGGGGAAGGGGGAGAAGCACCUGGGGCCGAAGGGGCAGCGGCAGCAGCAGCGGAGGCAGCGGCAGCAGAAGCAGCAGCGGAGGUGGCGGCGCACAUAGAGGCGGCGGAGAGGGUGGUGGUGCAGUCGCAGCUGCCGCAGCCCCCACCGUGCCCCGCUGUGGGGAACGUGGCGGUGCUGCCCAUGCUGCUGGACCAGAUCGAGGCGCACAUCCUCUUCUACGGCCGCAUCUUUCGCAAGGAGCCAUUGGAGGAGGAGCUGCGGGCGCUGGUGUUUGCCACGGUGCCGUCGCACCUCGCCUCGCCCGACCACCACCGCUGGCUCGAGAUCGCCGACGCCUGGCGCCGCCGCAGAGAGGCCGCCCCUGCCGCCCUCCUCCUGGACGGCGGCGGGGCGGCAGCGGGCGGCGGCGGGUAUGUGUCCCCAGAUGGUGUGAGGGGCCGGGGGCGGGGCAGGGGGAGGGGCAGGGGGCGCAGGGGGAGGAGGGGGAGCAUGCAUGCGUUUGGGUAUGGCGGAAGCAGGGGGGAGGGAGGGUACGGGGGGUACGGGGGGUAUGGGGGGAGCGGGGGAUUUGAGGGGCAUGGGAUGGGGGAGAUGGGAGGGGGGAUGGGUGGGGAGGGCGGAGUGAUGGUGCCGAGCGGGUAUGGCGAAUACCCCAUGCACAUGGGCGCGGAUGGCAUGCCCAUGCCCAUGGACGCCCAUGCCAUGGCCAUGGGCAUGGGGGGCAUGGGGGGCAUGGGGCAGUUAGCGCUGGGGAGCGGGGAGCCAUGGGUGUUUGACGAUGAGGGGUGGGACGCCCCUGGGAUUGCCAUCCGCGGGCGCGGCAGGGGCAGGGGGCGCGGCAGGGGGCGCGGGCGGGGGAGGGGGAGGGGGCGCGGGCGCAGCUGGCACCUGGUGGGGGUGGAAAUCGUCCCGUCGUACGGGUCCGAUGGGGAGGAGAUGGGCGCAGAGGGGGAGGAGAGGGCGGGGGGCGCAGGGGGGGGCGCAGCAGGGGGAGGAGCAUCUAUGGGCACACGGCCGGUAGUGGCAUGGGCGGAAGUGUGGCCGGGAAAGCUGGAGGAGCUGGUGGAUCGGAAGGACCAUGCUGGGGUGGCUGCCGCCCAGGUCAUGACGGCCGCUGUGGUGGCCCGGGCGGCAUCGGCAGCGGUGCGGGCGGCAGCAGAGGCGGUGACGGUGUUUAAGGAGAGGGCGGUGGCUGCUGCCUGGGCGGAGAAGCAGGGGGGUGCGGGGGCGAACGGGGCGCAUGGGGGGCAUGGGGGGUAUGGGGGGCACGGGGGGGAUGCCACUGGCGCAGGAUCUCCCUUUGCGGAGUCCCCCUGGGCGCCUGAGCCCCCCCUCCCCCUGACGUCCGUGGCUAGUGUGGCGCGGGGCUGGGGGAGGGGCAGGGGGAGGGGUCGGGGGAGGGGGAGGGGCCGGGGCAGCAGGGGCGGGGGGCGUGGCAGGAGCUAUUACUACAGCGCGUAUGAUAUGGAGGAGGAAGAGGAGGAGGUGGAGGAGGAAGACGAGGGGGACGAUUUUCUGGCGUAUGGAGGGGUGGAGGAGGUGGGCGGGUAUGGGGAGGAGGGGGGGAGUGUGUUGGGCAAGAGGGGGAGGGGGAGGGCGAGUGAGGGGCAGGAGCUGGAACACACAAUGCGGCGUGCUGUGGGGUUCCUGGAGGGCAGAGGAGGGGAGGAGGAGGAAGAGGAGGAGGUAGUGGUGGUGGAGGAUGAGGAGGGGGAGGAAGAGGAGGAGGAGGAGAGGAGGGUGUGGGGGUUGAAGCUGCCGCACAGGUUCCACGUGGGCACGCCCGUGGAGGUGAGCAGCACGCCCGUGGAGUUGUCGGUACUGGCAUCUGUCUGUCUGCACACGCAUGCUCCUCCUCCUCUUUUCUCUCUGUCUCCUCGCCUCCUUGUCUCCUCGCCUCCUUGUCUCCUCGCUCCUUGUCUCCUCGGCCUCCUUGUCUCCUCGCCUCCUUGUCUCCUCGCCUCCUUGUCUCCUCGCCUCCUUGUCUCCUCGCCUCCUUGUCUCCCUCGCCUCCUUGUCUCCUCGCCUCCUUGUCUCCUCGCCUCCUUGUCUCCUCGCCUCCUUGUCUCCUCGCCUCCUUGUCUCCUCGCCUCCUUGUCUCCUCGCCUCCUUGUCUCCUCGCCUCCUUGUCUCCUCGCCUCCUUGUCUCCUCGCCUCCUUGUCUCCUCGCCUCCUUGUCUCCUCGCCUCCUUGUCUCCUCGCCUCCUUGUCUCCUCGCCUCCUUGUCUCCUCGCCUCCUUGUCUCCUCGCCUCCUUGUCUCCUCGCCUCCUUGUCUCCUCGCCUCCUUGUCUCCCUCGCCUCCUUGUCUCCUCGCCUCCUUGUCUCCUCGCCUCCUUGUCUCCUCGCCUCCUUGUCUCCUCGCCUCCUUGUCUCCUCGCCUCCUUGUCUCCUCGCCUCCUUGUCUCCUCGCCUCCUUGUCUCCUCGCCUCCUUGUCUCCUCGCCUCCUUGUCUCCUCGCCUCCUUGUCUCCUCGCCUCCUUGUCUCCUCGCCUCCUUGUCUCCUCGCCUCCUUGUCUCCUCGCCUCCUUGUCUCCUCGCCUCCUUGUCUCCUCGCCUCCUUGUCUCCUCGCCUCCUUGUCUCCUCGCCUCCUUGUCUCCUCGCCUCCUUGUCUCCUCGCCUCCUUGUCUCCUCGCCUCCUUGUCUCCUCGCCUCCUUGUCUCCUCGCCUCCUUGUCUCCUCGCCUCCUUGUCUCCUCGCCUCCUUGUCUCCUCGCCUCCUUGUCUCCUCGCCUCCUUGUCUCCUCGCCUCCUUGUCUCCUCGCCUCCUUGUCUCCUCGCCUCCUUGUCUCCUCGCCUCCUUGUCUCCUCGCCUCCUUGUCUCCUCGCCUCCUUGUCUCCUCGCCUCCUUGUCUCCUCGCCUCCUUGUCUCCUCGCCUCCUUGUCUCCUCGCCUCCUUGUCUCCUCGCCUCCUUGUCUCCUCGCCUCCUGUCUCCUCGCCUCCUUGUCUCCUCGCCUCCUUGUCUCCUCGCCUCCUUGUCUCCUCGCCUCCUUGUCUCCUCGCCUCCUUGUCUCCUCGCCUCCUUGUCUCCUCGCCUCCUUGUCUCCUCGCCUCCUUGUCUCCUCGCCUCCUUGUCUCCUCGCCUCCUUGUCUCCUCGCCUCCUUGUCUCCUCGCCUCCUUGUCUCCUCGCCUCCUUGUCUCCUCGCCUCCUUGUCUCCUCGCCUCCUUGUCUCCUCGCCUCCUUGUCUCCUCGCCUCCUUGUCUCCUCGCCUCCUUGUCUCCUCGCCUCCUUGUCUCCUCGCCUCCUUGUCUCCUCGCCUCCUUGUCCUCCUCGCCUCCUUGUCUCCUCGCCUCCUUGUCUCCUCGCCUCCUUGUCUCCUCGCCUCCUUGUCUCCUCGCCUCCUUGUCUCCUCGCCUCCUUGUCUCCUCGCCUCCUUGUCUCCUCGCCUCCUUGUCUCCUCGCCUCCUUGUCUCCUCGCCUCCUUGUCUCCUCGCCUCCUUGUCUCCUCGCCUCCUUGUCUCCUCGCCUCCUUGUCUCCUCGCCUCCUUGUCUCCUCGCCUCCUUGUCUCCUCGCCUCCUUGUCUCCUCGCCUCCUUGUCUCCUCGCCUCCUUGUCUCCUCGCCUCCUUGUCUCCUCGCCUCCUUGUCUCCUCGCCUCCUUGUCUCCUCGCCUCCUUGUCUCCUCGCCUCCUUGUCUCCUCGCCUCCUUGUCUCCUCGCCUCCUUGUCUCCUCGCCUCCUUGUCUCCUCGCCUCCUUGUCUCCUCGCCUCCUUGUCUCCUCGCCUCCUUGUCUCCUCGCCUCCUUGUCUCCUCGCCUCCUUGUCUCCUCGCCUCCUUGUCUCCUCGCCUCCUUGUCUCCUCGCCUCCUUGUCUCCUCGCCUCCUUGUCUCCUCGCCUCCUUGUCUCCUCGCCUCCUUGUCUCCUCGCCUCCUUGUCUCCUCGCCUCCUUGUCUCCUCGCCUCCUUGUCUCCUCGCCUCCUUGUCUCCUCGCCUCCUUGUCUCCUCGCCUCCUUGUCUCCUCGCCUCCUUGUCUCCUCGCCUCCUUGUCUCCUCGCCUCCUUGUCUCCUCGCCUCCUUGUCUCCUCGCCUCCUUGUCUCCUCGCCUCCUUGUCUCCUCGCCUCCUUGUCUCCUCGCCUCCUUGUCUCCUCGCCUCCUUGUCUCCUCGCCUCCUUGUCUCCUCGCCUCCUUGUCUCCUCGCCUCCUUGUCUCCUCGCCUCCUUGUCUCCUCGCCUCCUUGUCUCCUCGCCUCCUUGUCUCCUCGCCUCCUUGUCUCCUCGCCUCCUUGUCUCCUCGCCUCCUUGUCUCCUCGCCUCCUUGUCUCCUCGCCUCCUUGUCUCCUCGCCUCCUUGUCUCCUCGCCUCCUUGUCUCCUCGCCUCCUUGUCUCCUCGCCUCCUUGUCUCCUCGCCUCCUUGUCUCCUCGCCUCCUUGUCUCCUCGCCUCCUUGUCUCCUCGCCUCCUUGUCUCCUCGCCUCCUUGUCUCCUCGCCUCCUUGUCUCCUCGCCUCCUUGUCUCCUCGCCUCCUUGUCUCCUCGCCUCCUUGUCUCCUCGCCUCCUUGUCUCCUCGCCUCCUUGUCUCCUCGCCUCCUUGUCUCCUCGCCUCCUUGUCUCCUCGCCUCCUUGUCUCCUCGCCUCCUUGUCUCCUCGCCUCCUUGUCUCGCUCUCGCCUCCUUGUCUCCUCGCCUCCUUGUCUCCUCGCCUCCUUGUCUCCUCGCCUCCUUGUCUCCUCGCCUCCUUGUCUCCUCGCCUCCUUGUCUCCUCGCCUCCUUGUCUCCUCGCCUCCUUGUCUCCUCGCCUCCUUGUCUCCUCGCCUCCUUGUCUCCUCGCCUCCUUGUCUCCUCGCCUCCUUGUCUCCUCGCCUCCUUGUCUCCUCGCCUCCUUGUCUCCUCGCCUCCUUGUCUCCUCGCCUCCUUGUCUCCUCGCCUCCUUGUCUCCUCGCCUCCUUGUCUCCUCGCCUCCUUGUCUCCUCGCCUCCUUGUCUCCUCGCCUCCUUGUCUCCUCGCCUCCUUGUCUCCUCGCCUCCUUGUCUCCUCGCCUCCUUGUCUCCUCGCCUCCUUGUCUCCUCGCCUCCUUGUCUCCUCGCCUCCUUGUCUCCUCGCCUCCUUGUCUCCUCGCCUCCUUGUCUCCUCGCCUCCUUGUCUCCUCGCCUCCUUGUCUCCUCGCCUCCUUGUCUCCUCGCCUCCUUGUCUCUCGCCUCCUUGUCUCCUCGCCUCCUUGUCUCCUCGCCUCCUUGUCUCCUCGCCUCCUUGUCUCCUCGCCUCCUUGUCUCCUCGCCUCCUUGUCUCCUCGCCUCCUUGUCUCCUCGCCUCCUUGUCUCCUCGCCUCCUUGUCUCCUCGCCUCCUUGUCUCCUCGCCUCCUUGUCUCCUCGCCUCCUUGUCUCCUCGCCUCCUUGUCUCCUCGCCUCCUUGUCUCCUCGCCUCCUUGUCUCCUCGCCUCCUUGUCUCCUCGCCUCCUUGUCUCCUCGCCUCCUUGUCUCCUCGCCUCCUUGUCUCCUCGCCUCCUUGUCUCCUCGCCUCCUUGUCUCCUCGCCUCCUUGUCUCCUCGCCUCCUUGUCUCCUCGCCUCCUUGUCUCCUCGCCUCCUUGUCUCCUCGCCUCCUUGUCUCCUCGCCUCCUUGUCUCCUCGCCUCCUUGUCUCCUCGCCUCCUUGUCUCCUCGCCUCCUUGUCUCCUCGCCUCCUUGUCUCCUCGCCUCCUUGUCUCCUCGCCUCCUUGUCUCCUCGCCUCCUUGUCUCCUCGCCUCCUUGUCUCCUCGCCUCCUUGUCUCCUCGCCUCCUUGUCUCCUCGCCUCCUUGUCUCCUCGCCUCCUUGUCUCCUCGCCUCCUUGUCUCCUCGCCUCCUUGUCUCCUCGCCUCCUUUGUCUCCUCGCCUCCUUGUCUCCUCGCCUCCUUGUCUCCUCCCUUCGCCUCCUUGUCUCCUCGCCCCUUCUCCCUUGUCUCCUCGCCUCCUUGUCUCCUCGCCUCCUUGUCUCCUCGCCUCCUUGUCUCCUCGCCUCCUUGUCUCCUCGCCUCCUUGUCUCCUCGCCUCCUUGUCUCCUCGCCUCCUUUCUCCUCUCCUCCUUGUCUCCUCGCCUCCUUGUCUCACUCGCCUCCUUGUCUCCUCGCCUCCUUGUCUCCUCGCCUCCUUGUCUCCUCGCCUCCUUGUCUCCUCGCCUCCUUGUCUCCUCGCCUCCUUGUCUCCUCGCCUCCUUGUCUCCUCGCCUCCUUGUCUCCUCGCCUCCUUGUCUCCUCGCCCUCCUUGUCUCCUCGCCUCCAUUGUCUACUCGCCUCCUUGUCUCCUCGCCUCCUUGUCUCCUCGCCUCCUUGUCUCCUCGCCUCCAUUGUCUCCUCGCCUCCUUGUCUCCUCGCCUCCUUGUCUCCUCGCCUCCUUGUCUCCUCGCCUCCUUGUCUCCUCGCCUCCCUUGUCUCCUCGCCUCCUUGUCUCCUCGCCUCCUUGUCUCCUCGCCUCCUUGUCUCCUCGCCUCCUUGUCUCCUCGCCUCCUUGUCUCCUCGCCUCCUUGUCUCCUCGCCUCCUUGUCUCCUCGCCUCCUUGUCUCCUCGCCUCCUUGUCUCCUCGCCUCCUUGUCUCCUCGCCUCCUUGUCUCCUCGCCUCCUUGUCUCCUCGCCUCCUUGUCUCCUCGCCUCCUUGUCUCCUCGCCUCCUUGUCUCCUCGCCUCCUUGUCUCCUCGCCUCCUUGUCUCCUCGCCUCCUUGUCUCCUCGCCUCCUUGUCUCCUCGCCUCCUUGUCUCCUCGCCUCCUUGUCUCCUCGCCUCCUUGUCUCCUCGCCUCCUUGUCUCCUCGCCUCCUUGUCUCCUCGCCUCCUUGUCUCCUCGCCUCCUUGUCUCCUCGCCUCCUUGUCUCCUCGCCUCCUUGUCUCCUCGCCUCCUUGUCUCCUCGCCUCCUUGUCUCCUCGCCUCCUUGGUCUCCUCGCCUCCUUGUCUCCUCGCCUCCUUGUCUCCUCGCCUCCUUGUCUCCUCGCCUCCUUGUCUCCUCGCCUCCUUGUCUCCUCGCCUCCUUGUCUCCUCGCCUCCUUGUCUCCUCGCCUCCUUGUCUCCUCGCCUCCUUGUCUCCUCGCCUCCUUGUCUCCUCGCCUCCUUGUCUCCUCGCCUCCUUGUCUCCUCGCCUCCUUGUCUCCUCGCCUCCUUGUCUCCUCGCCUCCUUGUCUCCUCGCCUCCUUGUCUCCUCGCCUCCUUGUCUCCUCGCCUCCUUGUCUCCUCGCCUCCUUGUCUCCUCGCCUCCUUGUCUCCUCGCCUCCUUGUCUCCUCGCCUCCUUGUCUCCUCGCCUCCUUGUCUCCUCGCCUCCUUGUCUCCUCGCCUCCUUGUCUCCUCGCCUCCUUGUCUCCUCGCCUCCUUGUCUCCUCGCCUCCUUGUCUCCUCGCCUCCUUGUCUCCUCGCCUCCUUGUCUCCUCGCCUCCUUGUCUCCUCGCUCUUGCUCCUCGCCUCCUUGUCUCCUCGCCUCCUUGUCUCCUCGCCUCCUUGUCUCCUCGCCUCCUUGUCUCCUCGCCUCCUUGUCUCCUCGCCUCCUUGUCUCCUCGCCUCCUUGUCUCCUCGCCUCCUUGUCUCCUCGCCUCCUUGUCUCCGCUCCUGUCUCCUCGCCUUGUCUCCUCGCCUCCUUGUCUCCUCGCCUCCUUGUCUCCUCGCCUCCUUGUCUCCUCGCCUCCUUGUCUCCCUCGCCUCCAUUGUCUCCUCGCCUCCUUGUCUCCUCGCCUCGUCUGUUGUCUCCUCGCCUCCUUGUCUCCUCGCCUCCUUGUCUCCUCGCCUCCUUGUCUCCUCGCCUCCUUGUCUCCUCGCCUCCUUGUCUCCUCGCCUCCUUGUCUCCUCGCCUCCUUGUCAUCCUCGCCUCCUUGUCCUCCUCGCCUCCUUGUCUCCUCGCCUCCUUGUCUCCUCGCCUCCUUGUCUCCUCGCCUCCUUGUCUCCAUCGCCUCCUUGUCUCCUCGCCUCCUUGUCUCCUCGCCUCCUUGUCUCCUCGCCUCCUUGUCUCCUCGCCUCCUUGUCUCCUCGCCUCCUUGUCUCCUCGCCUCCUGAUCUCCUCGCCUCCUUGUCUCCUCGCCUCCUUGUCUCCUCGCCUCCUUGUCUUCCUCGCCUCCUUGUCUCCUCGCCUACCUUGGCUCCCUCGCCUCCUGUCUCCUCGCACAUCCUUGUCUCCUCGCCUCCUUGUCUCCUCGCCUCCUUGUCUCCUCGCCUCCUUGUCUCCUCGCCUCCUUGUCUCCUCGCCUCCUUGUCUCCUCGCCUCCUUGUCUCCUCGCCUCCUUGUCUCCUCGCCUCCUUGUCUCCUCGCCUCCUUGUCUCCUCGCCUCCUUGUUCCUCGCCUCCUUGUCUCCCUCGCCUCCUUGUCUCCUCGCCUCCUUGUCUCCUCGCCUCCUUUCUCCUCGCCUCCUUGUCUCCUCGCCUCCUUGUCUCCUCGCCUCCUUGUCUCCUCGCCUCCUUGUCUCCUCGCCUCCUUGUCUCCUCGCCUCCUUGUCCCUCGCCUCUUGUCUCCUCGCCUCCUUGUCUCCUCGCCUCUUGUCUCCUCGCCUCCUUGUCUCCUCGCCUCCUGGUCUCCUUCGCCUCCCUUGUCUCCUCGCCCUCCUUGUCUCCCUCGCCGUCCUUGUCUCCUCGCCUCCUUGUCUCCUCGCCUCCUUGUCUCCUCGCCUCCUUGUCUCCUCGCCUCCUUGUCUCCUCGCCUCCUUGUCUCCUCGCCUCCUUGUCUCCUCGCCUCCUUGUCUCCUCGCCUCCUUGUCUCCUCGCCUCCUUGUCUCCUCGCCUCCUUGUCUCCUUCGCCUCCUUGUCUCCUCGCCUCCUUGUCUCUAGCUGCUUGUCUCCUCGCCUCCUUGUCUCCUCCGCCUCCUUGUCUCCUCGCCUCCUUGUCUCCUCGCCUCCUUGUCUCCUCGCCUCCUCUCUGUGUGUCCGUGCCAUGGUGUGCACAGGUGGCGUCCAACGAGGAGGGCCUGAGGGGCAGCUGGUUCACGGGCACGGUGCUGCAGCUCGACGCACGGGCGGGCACAUCGUCCGAUACCGACCAGCUGCUGGACGAUGCUGGGUGAGAUGUGAUUGCAAACGCUGGUGA